AUGGCUCCCAUAAGCUGGACACCACAACUGCAAAACGAAGAACUACCCACCAAAUACACAGUAAUCUCCUACCCAGCCGAAGGCGUACUUCUCGUCCGCAUAAACCGACCGAAAGACCUGAAUUGCUUGAACACAGAAGCCAACAAAGAGCUAGAAAGGAUAUGGGGAUGGCUAGAUCUGGAACCAGCGUUUAUCGUUGGCAUAAUCACAGGUACUGGUAGAGCUUUCUGUGCUGGAGCAGAUUUGAAAGCAGAAUGGAAUUCUUUGAACAAGAAUAAUCAGCCGAAAUCCAUGUCGGGUAGUGGGUUUGGUGCUCUGUCGAGACGGAGUGGAAGGAAACCGAUCAUCGCGGCGGUGAAUGGGAUUUGUUUUGGUGGAGGUUGCGAAAUGAUCGUGAAUUGCGAUCUAGUUGUCGCCGCAAAGAAGGCUACUUUCGCACUUCCUGAAGUCAAGGUCGGCGUUGUGGCCGCGGCAGGCGCUCUGCCACGUAUCAUUCGAACAGUAGGUCGGCCUAGAGCUAUGGAGAUGGCAUUGACUGGGAGGCCUGUAUCUGCGGAUGAGGCGAUGGAUUGGGGACUUAUAAAUAAGGUUGUGGGGGACAAGGAAGGUGAGGUCGUGGAUGCUGCUGUGGAGUAUGCGAAGAUGAUUGCGGCGAAUAGUCCUGAUGCUGUGAUUGUGAGUCGAGAAGGAAUCAAGUUGGGUUGGGAAGGUAUGGGUGCUGAGGAUGCUACGAGGAUGGCCCUAGAUGUGUGGCAGCCAAGAUUGCAGGCUGGUGAGAAUAUGAAGGAGGGCGUGAGGGCUUUUGUUGAGAAGAGGAAGCCGAAGUGGAAGGGCGCGAAGCUAUAG